AACUUGGCGCGGGGUGUGCAUCCAGCCUUCCUGGGAACAGCCUGAGCAGAAAGGCGCAGCAACUCUCAGAAGGGAGGACUGACAGCCCCCUCCUCCCCAACAGCGGGGCAGGAAUCUCCGCACUCCGGGGUCCCCGAACUUCCUGUCGCGCCGCGGUCCGGAAGGGCUCUAGGAGGGCGGAGUCUCAGCUUGGGGCUGUGACUCGCAGUCCGCAUAGGUUUGUCCUAGUAGAGGUGCCGUAGCGUCCCCGGUAACCGCUGUAGCUGGGAGCCAGAGCCGCUGACCGCGGAGUAUGGACGCGGCGCACCGCGCUGCGCUCCUCACCGCCUCCUGCCUCAGGACGCCCGUGAACCCGCGCACCAGGGCGCCGGUGGCUCUGUACGAGCGGGAGAGGCGCCCAGCGGCCGCCGUGGAGCAGCAGGAUGAUUUUGACUUGGACUGUAAUACCGAGAGACAACAAAGCCCCACCUUAAGUGGGGAUUGCAAAGACUUGAUAGACUUUCCCAAAAUGUGCCACUCAAACCAGGAAUAUUACUUGAAGCUGCAAGAGCUGAAGAAUGCCCAUCUGGAAACAAUGGCCAAACUGGAAAGAAUGUAUCAGAAUAAGCUGCAUUUGAAAGGAGUGUACUCCUUGGGCAAUAAGGAUGCUUCUCCCAGUUUGUGUUAUAGAUCAACAUGGGAUAAGAGCUCAUUUCAGCCUCUGAAUUUGCAUAAAUCUUUUUCCGAGUCUGACUUAAAUGAUCUGCCCUAUUCAAGUUUAUCUGAUGGGUCUGCUAUAGAAUUAGAGUUGGAAGAAGCAAAUGGUAGUGAAACUGGAUCACUGACAUUUGCUAAGGAGCAAAUAAAAAAAAUGUGGGAUGGAUUUUCUGUGGAGGAUUAUGUCUAUUGCACUAAAUAUAGCUUACCAAAUUCACCAACAUUCAGAAUGAUGGGAAAGAAGCAGAAAGAGUGGUCACCAAAGGUCACGGUGCCCAAGCCUUUCCAGAUGACUAUUAGAGAAGCUAAGAAAAAACAACAGAAUGUCAAAUCAAAGUCACAGAUAGAAAUGGAAAAUAAUUUAUUGAAGAAGCAACUAGAGGAAGAAACAGAGUGUCAAAAAAAAUUCCGAGCUAACCCUGUGCCUGCUUCUGUCUUCCUUCCGCUCUAUCAUGAAAUAAUGGAAAGAAAUGAAGAACGCAGGAAGUCUGUGAAAGAGAGAAGCAGAGAUAUUCUUUUGGCCUCCCAGAAACCAUUUCAGUUUAUUAAGAGGGAGGAGCAAAGAAAAGAAAUUAGGAAAAUGCAAUUAAAAGACCUUUCAUUGCCUGAAAAGAAAACAAAAUUAUUCCAAGCAAAACCUGUCCCUAAAUCGGUUUACAGUGCAGCCAUUAAUGAUAAAUUAAAAGAAGAACAGCUUUAUAGAGAAAUUAGGAUCCAAAUGAGAGCUGAAGAGUUGCUACGCAAUUCCACUCUUCCCAACAGUAGACUGGCUAGUAAAACUUUCAAUAAGAAGAGGAAACAAAAGUGCAAUGAACAGAAAGAAGUGGAGCAUAAACCAAAGAUCAAAUCUAGGGUUCCAGACUUUGUAACAUUACAUCAAAAAUUCCAGGAUCGCCUCCUGAAGCAGAAACGUGUAAAGCACAUCACAGUCUGUGAACCCUUCAAUCUUCGUACUCCAUGUAUUCCGUCCAACAAAGGGAAGAUUCUGCAGGAUAUUCAAGCAGAUGAAGAAAAAUUAAAAGAAACACGCUGGCCUUAUGCCUCUCCAAGAUGCAAACCUCAAAUGAGGUAUUCAAGUGAAAAUUCAUCUCCCUUGGGACACGACGAUUCUAAAUCUCCAAGAAUCACAGAAUCUACCAAAAGACGAAUACAAGCUUUAAGGACAUCACUUGAGGAAAAGAGAAAGCUGGAAGAAGAGCAAAAAAGGAGCAGAGCAAAGCAGAAACAAAGAGCGAAAAAACUGCAAAAACUUAUAACAACCCGGGCUGAGGCCAAUGACCCACAUCAGAGCCUAGCUCAGAUGUCUAAAUCCAAAUUAAAAAUAAUCAGGAAACAUGAGAAGCAGAGAAAGCAAGAGUAUCUGCGGGAGCGGAAGGAAAUGGAAGAAAGAGUAAACCAGAGGCCAUUGCUUUUGGAAAGAGCCACUCAGAAAAAUGCCAGAAUAGCGGCAGAAAAGCAUUAUUCUGGUCUACUGAGAGAACUGGGGAUUUGUGAAGACUUCCUUUCAAAGAAAAGUCAAACUGAUACAUUUCUGGGUCACUCCAAUACUAAAGGCUUUGGAAGCUGCUCUGAAGACAAAGAAAGUCUUAAUGAAGAUAAAGUUCAAGAAAGAGAAUCCUGUAGUGGGGAGAAAGCAAAUCCUCAAUCUGACCAGUCCUGUGAGGAAGGGGAGAAAGAAGAGAAAGCAAGCUCACGCUCUGACCAGUCCUGCAAGGAAGAGGAGGAAGAAGAGAAAGCAAGCUCACGCUCUGACCAGUCUUGGGAGGAAGGCGAGAAAACAAGCUCACAGUCUGACCAGUCCUGUGAAGAGGAGGAAGAGAAGGCAAGUUCUCAGUCUGAUCAUGACAAAGAGGAUGUUUUGGAAUAUGAGGAUUAUAAGUAUGAAGAUAGUUUAGAAGGAAAGUCUAGUAAUGCUGAAUCUAACUGAAAGAACCGAUGACAGAUGUAACUUCUUUUAUUACCUUGGUGCUCAACAUACAUUUCAUUGCUGGCAAUGGGUACAUGCUAAAGAAAAAACUGAAUCUUGGUGCUAUGGGCAUUUUGAACAGCAUACCAUCUUUUGUGAAUUUCCAUUUGUUAGCAAUAACAUAAUUAGUUAAUUACUAAUGCUAAAUUUGCUUUUUUUCCAGUAAGAAAAAAUUAUCAUUACUCAUCCCCAUUAGCAGUUACACUUGUCAAUGUAUGCUUUCUUCUAAACUUUCACUACAUGAGCACAUUUCUGUGUUAAUGAGCUAUAUACUACACUAAACUUCCGAUAAUCCGGCACUUUUAGGACCCAGGGGGUGCCGGAUUAUCAGAAAUGCUGGACUAUCAGA